AUGAUGAGUAUCUCGGAGCUGAUUUCUGAGCUGAGAGAUUCAUUUCGUCAGAGAGAUUUUGAUAGGGUUGAAGAAACCCUAAUUUUUAGGGAAACAAAGUUGAAGGCGGAAAUCGAAGAUAAGAAGAGAGAAAUAGCUCUGUUGAGCGAGGAAGUCCAUUUUCAAAGGUUGGAAAAGAUGAGUGUUGAAAUGGAACUGAAGAGGUUCAAGGAACUUCAAGAUGGAGGAAAUAUUGCACGUGCUGUUGCUGAAUCGGGGAAUGCUAGGGUUAGCGCUGCUCCAGAAACCCUAGUGGUCAGGGAAGCGGCUUUGAAGUCUGCAAUUGAAGAGAAAGUGGGAGAAAUAAAACAAGAUCAAUUCAUAAAUUUGGGAAAACUCAAUUUUGACAUUGAGGUGCACGUUGUUAGAGGUGAAAAGCGUGGAGAGGAACCCCUUCAUGAUGGAAAAAAAGACGGUCCAGAAGAUGCUUUUGGUACUGGUAAUGAUUUUGGCUCAGUAAAAGAGACUCUGGAUGUCAGGGAAGCUACGAAUACGGCAGCUAUUGAAGAUAAAAUGAAGGAAAUUAGAUUGCUGCGUGAGAAGAUGGUCAAUAGAGAAAAAUAUGCUACUGCAGAAGUCAAAGAUGAAAAGAUCGAUGUUUUGGCCGAGGAGACAAAGUUAGCCAGUGAACCAAGCAAAACGGCCUAUCUAGGUUCUUCAGGUAAUUGGGGGCAAAAUUCUUCAAGAGUGGUUCCGAAAAACUUUACAACAAAAGUGGCCGAACCUGCUGGAGUUAUCAAAAGAGAUUUUACUUCCUCCGUUGAUGUUGCAAAUUUCUUAGAUGGCUUAGAUACCGGUAGUUCCUCCUCAUCCAGUUCUAGUUCAUCUUCUGGCGAGUUUGAUAUCUCCUCUUUUACACCCGUUAAGAGAACUAAGCUGAGCCAAGGUAAAUAG